UACGUCACUUCCUUCAGCGCUAGUGGCAACAUAGAACUCCCCGCAAACAGGAAGUAGAAGAGUAAUGGGCAGAGGCUACCCGGUCGCUCUCAGGUUUGGGCGGCAGGGCCCGCUGGGUACUAGUGCCCCUCAGCCUUCAGCCCAUGAGCGAGUGGGUUCCGCUACUUCCUGCCCAGCUUCCGGCAGCGCAACGUCCCGCCCCCGGGAAACAAGAGCGGGGCUACGUCAUCCCUAAGAAGAAGAGCCCAACUGUGGGUUUGGGGGCCCUGCAUGCCCCUGGCUCCGUCAUACAGAAGGAAAAUGACAAGAAGAUCCUGGAACUCAUCUCCAACAUCAUCCAGCUGCUGACUGGAGAGGAGUGGGAGUAUAUAAAAGGGAACAGGAUCGGGCCCCAGCAGUUCCUCUCAAUAGAUAUCGAAGACAGCCUGGAGGCAACAUUAUGUAAUAAAGGGCCAAGCAAGAUUGUGGCACAAGAAGAAGAAGAAGCUGAUUUUGGUGCUCAAGGAAAUCUCUCAGACCCUGAAGUUUCUCCGACACAACGGGACACACUUACAGAUCCUAGUAAAGAGGAAGCGGCUUUAUGUAAAAAAAGAAACCAAUCAGAUUGCAGCAAUUAUCCACCUACAGAACAGAUACAGGAAACAGAUACUUCUACUCCUAUUAUUGGGCGUGGUCUGGAUAACACCUUGGCUGCCAAUUAUAUAUCAGUAGCUAUUAAAGAGGAGGCGGCUUCAUCUGAAGAGGAGAACCAAUCAGAUUGCAGCAUUGAUCCCCUUACAGAAGAGAGACACGGAACAGACACACCUACUCCUAUCCUGGGGUGCAGCCCAAGUUACAGUCCCUCUGCUACUUAUAUAUCAGAUGUUAUUAAAGAGGAACCAACGUCAUCUGAAGGGGAAGAUCACUUUGAUUACAGAAUCAUCACAGUUUCAGAUGAGAUCCCGGGAGCAGAUGGGCCGUCUCCUAUUAUGGGAUGUGGCCGGAAUUACAGCUUGUCUGCUCGUUCUGCAGGGAGUUCUAUUAAGCACGAAACGACUUCAUACGAAGAGGAGAAUGGUUUAGAGUACAGAACGAUCACAAUUUCAGAUCAGAUCCAUGGAGCAGAUUCCCUCAGCCCUAAUGAGGAGUUUAGUGAUGGGCGCGUGGCCACAUACAGUCAGUCCCUCACUAACCAAUCCCCACUGCCAUUAAAGCUCCUAUACAAGUGCCCUGUGUGCAACAGAUCAUUCGACAGUAAGAGGGGAGCCGUUCGGCACCAUAAGAGAAGCCACGAGUUAGAAAAGAAAUUUUCCUGCUCCGAGUGUAAGAAAAGCUUUACCGACCGCUCCGCCCUCAAAACGCACUACAAAAUCCACACGGGAGAGAAACCGUUUUCGUGCGCCGAGUGCGGGAAAUCGUUUUUAUACAACAAAGACCUGAAAAUCCACUACAGGAUCCACACGGGGGAGAAACCCUUUUCUUGUACAGAAUGCGGGAAAUGCUUCGCUUACAGCUCGGACCUCAAAAUCCACUGGCGGCUUCACACCGGGGAUAAGCCCUUCUCUUGCUCCGAAUGCGGCAAAUGUUUCACCCACCGCUCGGGCCUAAAGAGCCACGAACGCUACCACACAGGGGACAAGUACACGUGUGCCGAGUGCGGGAAGUGCUUCGUACAUGGCUCGCAGCUAAAGAGACACCUUAGGAUCCACUCAGGGGAGAAGCCGUUCUCUUGCUCUGAAUGUGGGAAAUGUUUCUAUAACAGCUUCGAACUCACCCGACACUUCCGCACUCACACAGGGGAGAAACCAUUCAGCUGCCCUGUGUGUGCUCAGUGCUUUGCCCGCCGCUCCCAUCUCACUGGCCAUCUCAAGUGUCACAGGGGAAAUGAGGCUCCUCCCCUGGACGAGGGAAACACUUCAUUCGAUGCUUCUUCCUUCCAAGAGGAGAUUGAAUCUGCGAUGGGAACGUAAAGUAACUCUCAGCUCUGAUUGUCAGAGGUUCUCCUAUUCAGCAACUCAGAAUUCACUAUGGGAAAUGUUUUCCUCCUGUUCAAAAGCCAAAUUUUCCCAAUAAAAGUAAACACCUCUUUGCACUUUG